AUGAAUGUCGACCGACCUGCUCGAAGAGUUCGCCUGCCAUGGAAAAGUCGCGAGGCUAUCCUCCCCGACGACGAUGAGACCACGGUCUCUCGCCGGGUCCCGCUAAUCGGAUAUCUUCCGCUAAGCGUCAAGAACCAUUUCGUGGCCAUGAUGGGAGAAUUCGCAGGCACAUUCCUGUUCUUACUCUUUGCAUUUGGUGGCACGAACGUCGUCAAUGCAGCACCGGAGCAGGGCCAGCCGAUCGAUCUCGCAGCAAACCCCGCCAAACUACUCUUCAUAUCGCUGUGUUUUGGUAUGUCGCUUGCUGUUAACGCAUGGGUGUUUUUCCGAAUUAGUGGCGGUCUGUUCAACCCUGCUGUCAGUCUAGGAAUGAUGAUUGUUGGGGCAGUCCCGUAUGUUAGAGGCUGUCUUGUCAUCGUAUCACAACUCCUCGGCGGUAUCGCUUCAGCAGCGGUAGUUUCGUGUCUUUUGCCUGGACCUCUCAACAUGUUCCUUACAGCCCAACUCGUGUUUACCAUUUUCAUGCUGGCAGCCGAAAAGCACCGAGCGACAUUCAUCGCCCCGGUCGGAAUCGGCCUGUCUCUCUUCAUCGCCGAGCUGAUGGGAGUCUACUACACAGGCGGCAGUCUUAACCCGGCACGAUCAUUCGGUCCCUGCGUGGUCCUGCACUCGUUCUACUCGUACCACUGGAUCUACUGGGUCGGCCCCACCCUUGGAUCUCUGCUCGCGAGCGGAUUCUACAUGUUCAUCAAGGCUUUGGAAUACGAGACUGUCAACCCGGAGCAGGACGCGACAGUGCAAGCCGCGAGGGCGUUCGAUCCCACCACGGGCGUCGAGAAGAGGAUUGAUCCGGACGCGCGUGUUUCUCAUGAUACGCCCCGACGUGACAGAGGGACGCUAUAUCACUCGCCACGUGGGCACCGGAACUCUGCAAGCGCGGGGGCUGCAACAACGACGAACGAGGAUGGUUCUCGACUUGAUGACGAUGAGAGAGUGCCGGUUGAGGAGGUAUAA